AGAUAAAUAAGUGAAAUCCAGGAAAACAACAUGAGUUUGCUUAACAUCGUCAUAACAACCCUUAUAAUGGUUAUCUCCAUGGUACACGCAAGUUCUAUGUUGAUGGAACAAACGUAUCCUUGUAACGCAUCACAGAUAUCAUGUAAAGGGAGAUGUGGCAUCCCCCAGAGCAGAGAUAUGGGAGGUUACUAUUGCAACUGCGAUUACCCUGAGUGCAAUUACUAUGGAGACUGUUGUGAUGAUUUCGAUGACACAUGCCCCAUUGACAACGAUGACAGUAACCCGAGCGUACUCCUUGAAAAGAAUACAUUUGAGUGUAUAGAUGUCGCUGUCACUCAUGGUGUUUUUGUGAGAUCAAAGUGCAGAGAUCAAGCCAACAUGGACUCCUCUACAAUAAAUGCAUGUGAAAAUGCAAAUCGAACCGAGCCACUGUUUUUGACCCCCGUGACUGAUACAAGCAACGGCGAGACCUACAGGAACUUAUUUUGCGCGAAAUGCAAUGAUGCUAAUAGCGAAAAUAUAAUUUUCUGGAAACCGAAAAUCUUUUGUGAGUCAACAAUUAAUCGACAAAUAUCAGAGCAGUUUCAGAUAACGGAUAUUAGUGGAGAUUCAUUAUGGGAACUUCCUUUUACACAUCCAAAUUUAUGUCAAGU